CUCGUUACAAAAAAACUCACCGCUCAAAACACAGUCGAAGUACAAAGAAGGGCGUUUGAUAAGCAUCAGCACAAAGAAUGGUGGCGACGAACCUGAAAUCUGAGACGAUGGCUCUGAUGGAUAAGAGGAGCGCCAUGGAGGCCGAGAUGAACGACAUCAUCGGCCACCUCUGCCAGCCCGGCGGCCCUGGCCUUUCCGGCAAUCUCACCGAUUCCGAGGGUUUUCCUCUCUCGGAUAUCGACAUUCCUGUUGUUCGAGCAGAGCGGCAUCGUCUUUCUGAGCUGCGGAAUGAUCACAGGGAGUUAACUGAGAAAAUAAAUCAGAAUAUACAAGUUCUGCACUCGGCAAGGCUUCCUUCUGGGUCUUCACCUCCCAAUGAAUCAGGUAAUGAUGAUGGGUUAAACAACCAAAACUCGCCAUUUGUUAAUGCUGUUCCAUCUGCAUCAUCUCCCAAUGCUAUGGAUGUGGAUCUGAUGGUCAGUGUACCAUAUGCAUUUGUUGACGUAAUUGCCGAUGCAUCACCAGCAGCAGAGGAUGGUUUACAGCUGGGAGAUCAGAUUGUCAAAUUUGGAAAUGUUGAAGCUGGCGAAAAUUUGUCGCAAAGGUUGUUGUCUGAAGCUCAGACAAAUCAAGGUUGUGCCAUUCCUGUAGUAGUUAUGAGGCAGGGUGCACUGAUCAACUUGACAGUAACACCCAGAACAUGGCAAGGCAGGGGACUUCUGGGAUGCCAUUUCCAGCUCUUAUAAUAUCAGUUCAUCACAUGGAGGUGGAACUGCAGAGCUGUAAAGUGCUCACAGACUAAUUUUGUGUUGUAUAAGAUGAUAAUAUCAUGUAGACCGUUGUCUUUUUUAAAGAAAAUUUGCAUAUCAUAACUAAUGUUGAUUAACUUGCAUUCUGAUGGACUCCGGAACAUUUAACUUCUGAGGGUUUGAUUUGUUCAAUUUGUUUAACCUUUUCUUUCUCCCCACUGUUUUGAGGGAGUCCCAUUUGUUUUGCAUAGCAAGGUAAAUAAUUCUGUUGUGGGGCACUAAAGUAAAGGAAGAUCUUACAACACUGAUGGCAUGGAUUUUGUUAGAAUUUUUAAGAAUUC